GGUGACUAGUAGGCUCUAACUAACAUUGAACUGAGGCAGAAUUCUACUUUAUCUCUUCUCUUUCUCGGUAAGAUAAAAUGAACCAAGGAAUUCUGCAAUGGAAUCCCUCUUCUCCAAACACACACUCUCUCUCCUCAUCCUUGCUCUCAUCCAUCCCAUAUAUCCCCAAAUUCAAACGCUUUACACUAAUCUCAGCAACCAUAAAAUCUGUUGAAGAAGAAAAGGAAGAAAAAUUACCCGCAAGAGAGAGAAGAAAGCUCCGAAAUGAGAGGAGAGAGAGCAAAAGUUACAACUGGAAAGAAGAAGUAGAGAUGAAACUUAUCAAAAAGCCCAAGAAAAGAUAUGCUUCUUGGACUGAAGAGCUCAAUCUUGAUACAUUGGCCCAAUUGGGCCCUCAAUGGUGGGUUGCUCGGGUUUCUCGGGUCAAUAGUCAAGAGACUGGUGAACGUCUUGCUCGUUCUCUUGCUAACAAUUAUCCAGACAUUGAUUUCAAGCUUUAUAUGCCUGCAGUACAAGAGAAAAGAAAGUUGAAGAAUGGUUCUUAUUCCAUCAAGUCAAAACCACUGUUUCCUGGAUGCGUCUUUUUGAGAUGUGUGCUGAACAAGGAGCUGCAUGACUUCAUUAGAGAAGCUGAUGGCAUAGGUGCAUUUGUUGGAUCCAAAGUUGGAAACACGAAAAAACAGAUUAACAAACCCAGACCAGUGUCUGAAGAUGAUAUGGAAAAAAUAUUCCAACAAGCAAAAGAGGAGCAGGAGAAAGCUGAUCUAGCCUUCCAAGAAGAGCAGAAACUAGUGAUUCGUCAGUCUGAGAUGGGUGAUCUCGAAACACUACUUGAUACAAGUCCAAAAAGCCGAAGAAAUAAGAUUCCAGUAUCUGCCCCAAAGGAAAGAAAGAAAAAGCUCGCCAAAGUUGGUUCAACGAUUAGAGUUGUUUCUGGGUCCUUUGCAGAGUUUUCAGGCAUUCUCAAGAAGGUGGAUAAAAAGAAUGGGAUGGUGACAGUCGGAUUUACACUAUUUGGCAAGGAGACCAUAGCUGACUUAGACAUCAACGCAAUUGUAGAAGAUGCCGAGUAAAUGGCGAGUGUAUUUCAAGUUUAACCUUCAAUCCGUCCGUCUCGAGGCUUUCUCAUGUAGUAUAGAGUUUGUGGACUUUUGGUUAUUGUUUGUCAUGUUUAGAUUAAUGAAUGUACAUUACGAGUGUAAAUGUGAAUAGACACUAUGUAACGUUAAGAAGCAAAAGUUUCUCAUACAUUCAUAUUCUCUUUUACAAGGUUAACCUAUAUUGGCUAGAA